AAACAUCAACCGAAAUCUCUUACUCGUCAUUCCUCACUGAUCAUAUUUCGUUACUGACCUCGAGAUGUAUUCAUGAGGUUGGAGCAGGUGGUCAGUCACAAGAAGACCACCGCAGUGACUACCAUAGAAGACAUCAAGAGUGAAGCGAGAGUGAUUCAGCAUGUACAGCUCAGCUUCUCCCCCUAUAACGCGACCCAACAGAAGCGGAGGCAAAGCACACGAGACGGGCCGCAGCUCUCGGGCCACAGAUGAUAUGAAAGCGCUUCAGUCGGUGUCAGCAACUGACCGUGUAACUCAAUUCCUUCCAUUUUGCUCCUCUUCAAUCCUCUUCCUCCAAGUGCUGCAUUAUGAACUCCCUCUGCCCUCGCCGUGGCAUCGAGGGAACAUUCGAGCGAGGCUGGAUUUUUGUUCUGCCGCAUGGUCACAAUGCAGGUGGGGUACACUGGCCAUAUCAUUAGGUACACCGGCCAGGGAUGGACAUAUCAAUUGAUUUAUUCGAUCGGUGAUUUGCAAAGUGUUGUACCGGGGACCCAUCUUGGAUCGUAAAUAAUCAGUGAAUGAAAUGUUCAAACUGUACAUAAGAAUACAGUGGCUAAACCCUGCUUUAAAUACAGUACAUGGUUUAGGUACAGUUCAGUUGUAUUUCACUUUUAAAACAGGCGGGGAAAUGCCUGAGUCAUGAGUUUGGCGCACAUCUCAUCAAAAGAGCAGCAACAUUUCUCUGUUUUUUCCAGUUUGUUUUGGGGAAAGAACACCAGACAGUUUCAUUUCCUCAGUGGGCUCAUAUUAAAGCUUGCAUCACAGCAUGCUGGCUGAUGUUUACUGCCUUAUAGUCUGCCCAUCACGCACCGGCAUAUUAUUUGAUAUUUCAUCCAAGAAUUGCCAUGGCUAAGGUCGCCAGCCAUGGGGAACCUCAUUAAGGUCCUUGGCAAGGAUUUAGAAAACUGUCCUCAUUUUUUCCUGGACUUUGAAAAUGCCCAGCCCACCGAGGCCGAGACGGCCGUGUGGAACCAGGUCAGCGCCGUGCUGGAGGAGGCCCACGGGAUUCUGGCUGAGCUGCAGUCCUAUAACGGCGCCGGGCAGGAAAUACGAGAAGCCAUUCAGAACCCGGGUGACCUGGCUCUGCAAGAGAAGGCCUGGAAUGCAGUGUGUCCUCUGGUGGCCAAGCUGAAGCGCUUCUACGAGUUCUCACUGCGCCUGGAAAAUGCCCUGCGCAGCCUGCUGGAGGCGCUGACGAGCCCGCCUUACGCCCCCAUGCAGCACCUGGAAAGAGAGCAGGCCCUGGCCAAGCAGUUUGCAGAGAUUCUCCAUUUUACGCUCAGCUUUGAUGAGCUCAAGAUGACAAAUCCAGCCAUUCAGAAUGACUUCAGCUACUACAGGAGGACCAUUAGUAGGAACCGGCUUAACAACCAGCAGUUGGAAGCGGAAAACGAGGUGAACAACGAGAUGGCCAACCGAAUGUCGCUGUUCUACGCUGAGGCCACGCCCAUGUUGAAGACCCUGAGCAAUGCCACCACCAAGUUUGUCUCAGAGAACAAAACCUUACCCAUCGAGGACACCACAGACUGCCUGAGCACCAUGGCCUGUGUGUGCCGUGUCAUGCUUGAAACCCCGGAGUACCGCUGCCGGUUCACCAACACGGACACCAUGUUGUUCUGUAUGAGGGUGAUGGUGGGCGUCAUCAUCCUCUACGACCACGUCCACCCCGUCGGGGCGUUUGCCAAGACCUCUAAAAUCGACAUGAAGGGCUGCAUCAAGGUCCUUAAAGAGCAGCCGUCCAACAGUGUGGAGGGACUUCUCAACGCACUGAGGUAUACGACACGACAUCUAAACGACGACAGCACCUCCAAACAGAUCCGGGCACUGCUGCAAUGAACUAGGGAAGCGGGGAUGGGCGUGCACUUCAAAAGGAAAAGAAAAGAAAGAGCGAAACACCAACGAAGGGGCCCGUUUGCUUACGACAAAUAACUCCGGAUGACGAGAAUAACAAAAAAAAAAAAGAGUUCUAUUUAUUGUCAGCUGUCCUCCAUUUUGUCUCUUGUUUUGUAAAGUAAGAAAAUAGAGAUGAUUAAAAAAAGCCAGAAAAUAUAAGAUAUAUAUAAAAAAAAAAAAACCCAAAGCAGCAGAUUAAAAAUAAGUAGAAUUACCAACAAGAGAGGACGCUUUUAUUGCCAAUUUAGGUGCGAGUGGAUGCAGAGCUGACACUUAAUUCCUGCGGUAGUCCUGACAAGUAAGUUUGCGAUUCUCCCACCAGGCUGAAGUCUCAAUAUACAGUGAAGCAAUGUGAUGGACGAUUUCCGGAGAAUUGCUUUCCAAUAUUUUGGAGUGUUGAGGAUCAGCUCGGUGGAAGAAUGUCAUCAUUUUUAUUCUUUUCUUUGAGUUCACGUCGUAGGCUAUUACUUGUGCAACAUAGUUCUCUCUCUCUCUCUCUCUCUCUCUCUCUCUCUCUCUCGGUGCUAAUGUCCUUUUAGCUAUCACUGUGCUUACUUGUCAUCCACCUGAGCACUUUGCACUAGUUUCAAAGUGCUGCUGCUUCUUUAUUUUUUUUAAUUUUAAUUUUAUUUUUUUGGUGAAGCCUUAGCAUUGCUUUCUGCUACCGGGACAAGUUGCAAGAAAGACAUUCAUCACCUAUUAACCCUCCUGUUACGUUCGGUUCUCAGGAACAACAAUUUGACCCAGGACUUGUUGAGCUAUUCAAAAAAAGUGUCCAAAACAAAACCAGAAAACACUGCUUAUAUGUCAUGAUCAAGGCAACUUCUAAGAAUUACAAUCAAAGCUUUAUAAUCAACAUCUCACAGUUCAUGCAAGUAAUUUCAGGACGUGUUGAAUUAUCCAAAAAGGACUGAGACAAAACAACAACAAAAUACCAAUAAACUUUGCUUCUGUUUUUUUUCCCCCCCACGACAAACAACAGUGUCAAUAAUGUUCCGGGGUCUGUUUGACCCAGAACAUUUUCAAUUGUCCAAAAGUGUAUCGGGGGCUGAGGGGGUUAUUUCUCAUUAUUUAUUGCAUUAGCGACCACUGUGAUCAAGCUUUUGUGCAUUACCUCUCACAAAUCAUCAGACCAACAAUGUGUUGGGUCAAUUUGACCCGGGCCAAAUUUAAAUUAAUGGUUAGUAUACUUAAGUCUACUACAAACAAUUUCAGUCUUUUUUAUUAUAUAAUUUAAUAGGAGUGAUGUUUUUAAAAUAAAUGUAGGAUUUUAUAAAAAGGAAAAAAAAUACUCGUUCUUUUGUUUGCUUUUGUUCUGUAUUUCUGUUCUGUAUUAAAAUCGGGUCCAUUUGACCCGUAACAUAACAGGAGGGCCAAAUCCUUAUUUCUCAUUCUAUUUUUCACACACACACACCAGUUUUGAAGGGAAGUCGUGCUUCAUCAAAUGUGACAUCAGCAGACAUCGACGACUGCAAGAACAUUUGGCAUUUAUUCAGCUAGAAAAAAAUUUCCCAGCUUCGUCAGCCAAGAAGAGUCACACUCCAAAAAACAACAACAACAAAAAAAAAAGAGACUUAAAAAACUAAUUUAAAGCAGUGCUGUACGUUGGAUGUCUAUAGGCUUUUAGUCUACAUCGAUUUGAUCUCUUUAAAUUAUAUUUUCUAUACAGGGGUAUGUGCACAAGCAUAGUCUGUAUCAAGUAGAUGGCAUGUUGUACGAGGUCUGGGCGAACGUGUGUAAAUAGUGUGUUUUUAUUCAUUUUUAAUUGUUCAGUGAUGCUGAAAUGGGUGACAUGUGGCGUCUUUCUCACGUUGACCAUGCGUCUGCCUAAUUGGACCAUCAGACUUGCCGUAGUCAUAGGGAUUUUUUUUUUUUCGAUAUUCCAGGGAUUCAGCUUUCAUCAUUGCAAAUGAACUGGAGCGGGAAGGGAGGGGGCGAAAGUGGUGCGUGUGUUUGUGUGCGCGCAAAUGUGUAUGUUAGGAUGGGUUGAUGGGAUGGGGGCUAUCCAUUUGCUUGUUAUUUUGUACAUUUUGUGCAACAAUAAACUUGUCAUUUAUUACA